AUGAAGUUUAUGAAACUUGGAUCCAAACCUGACUCGUUCCAAUCCGAAGAAGAUUCCAUAAGAUAUGUAGCAAGCGAGUUAGCGACCGAUGUAGUUGUAAAUGUUGGAGAUGUCAAAUUCUAUCUUCAUAAGUUUCCUCUUCUGUCCAAAAGCGCUCGUCUUCAGAAACUCUUCGCAGCCACAACGGACGAUGAAGAACAACCAGACGAUGAAAUCCGCAUUCCGGACAUCCCGGGAGGACCUCCAGCGUUCGAGAUAUGCGCGAAGUUCUGCUACGGAAUGACCGUGACACUCAACGCAUACAAUGUCGUAGCUGUGCGUUGCGCUGCUGAGUAUCUAGAGAUGCACGAAUCGGUCGAAAUCGGGAAUCUUGUUUACAAGAUCGAGGUUUUCUUGAACUCGAGCGUCUUGAGAAGCUGGAAAGACUCCAUCAUCGUCCUCCAGACGACAAGAUCGUUUCAUCCGUGGUCUAAAGAUUUGAAGAUCGACGCACGGUGUUUGGAGUCUAUCGCUUCGAAAGCUGCUAUGGAUCCGGAAAGAGUAGACUGGUCGUAUACGUGUAACCGAAGAAAGCUUCUUCUUCCACCUGAGAGUAACAACAACAAGAAUGGUGUGCCUAGAGAUUGGUGGGUGGAAGAUCUCGCUGAGCUUGAUGUUGAUUUGUACAAGAGAGUGGUUUUGAGUAUCAGACGUAAAGGUGGAGUUUUGCCUGAGGUUAUAGGAGAAGCUCUUGAGGUUUAUGCGGCGAAGAGGAUUAUUCCUCAAACCGAUGAUGUGGAGGAACACAGAUCUUUGUUGGAGACGUUGGUUUUGUUGCUGCCUAGUGAGAAACAGAGUGUUUCUUGUGGUUUCUUGAUCAAGUUGUUGAAAUGUUCGGUUUGUUUGGAUUGUGGAGGAGAGGAAGAGAGGAAAGAGUUAAGUAGACGAAUCGGAGAGAAGCUUGAGGAAGCGAAUGUGGCUGAUCUGUUGAUUAGAGCUCAAGAAGGGUGUGAAACUGUCUAUGACAUUGACAUUGUUGAAACCUUAGUCGAUGAGUUUAUUACACAACAGACACAGAACAGAGACGAGCUUGAUUGUUCAGACCGUGCGAAAGCAAAUGUCGCCAAGUUGAUUGACGGAUACUUGGCAGAGAUCGCGAGAAUCGAACCAAAUUUGUCUUCUUUAAAGUUCAUAGCAAUUGCAGAAAAGGUUUCGAGUUUCCCGAGAUCAUCACACGAUGGAGUGUAUCGAGCCAUUGACAUGUUCUUAAAGCAACAUCCAGAGAUAACGAAGAGCGAGAAGAAAUCGAUAUGCAGGUUAAUGGAUUGCCGGAAACUAUCGCCGGAGGCUUGUGCUCACGCGGUGCAAAACGAGCGGUUACCUUUGCGAGUCGUCGUGCAGAUUCUCUUCUUCGAGCAGGUUCGUGCCACCACGAAACCUUCUCUUCCAGCGAGCGGCUCUCACGGAAGCUCGAGGACGACGACGGAAGAAGAGUGUGACUCAGUCACGGCCACGGAGGAGACGCCGACGACGACGAGAGAGAAGACGAGUAGUGCUGAGAAGACGAAAACUAAAGGAGUGGUGAUGUCUCGGAUUUUCUCGAAGCUAUGGACAGGUAAAGACAGAGAUGGUGUCGGAGAUGUUAGUAGCUCGGACACUUCUGAAAGUCCUGGCUCAGCCACCACCGUCGAUGAUAAAUCAACGCCGUCGACUCGCCGGAGAAGAUCAUCGUCUUGA